GCGGCGUCAUCUUCUAGGGAGCCGUGGCGGCGACAGCGACGGCGACGGCGCGUAGAUACUCACAGGGGCGGCCCGUAUCCCUCCGCCGCAGACGCGACCCAGCCCUCCUCCCCCUGGCCCUCCAAUCCCCGAGCCUUCCGACCUGCCCCUCGGCCUGGGCCCACCCCGCGCUCGGGCGGCCCCACCCCGGCGGCGCCGCCCGCCCGUCCGCCCGCGCGUCUCUCGGUCCACCUGCAGCAGGCAGUCCCUCCAGCUGUCCGACCCAGAGGCGCCGCCGAGCCUGAGGCCUGGGCUCUUGCUACCCGGCGGAGGGAUCCGCGCCGGCCGAGGAGGCGGUGCUGAGCUAAGAAGGAAGAGGCAGCUACGGCGGCAGCGGCGGCGGCGGCGGCUCGGGCGGCAGCGCAUAAAGGGGCCGCCGCCGGGUGAUGCGGUGACCGCUGCAGCUGGCUCGGGAGCCGAGUGGGCCUCGGCCCUCAGUCGGUCCCUGCGGACCCGUGCUCCCGGACUCUCCAUCUUCUCCGGUCGACCCGUGAUCACCGAGGCGGCCUCGCGCCCCCUCGCCCCUUCCCCAUCCCUCCCCUGUCCCCGUCCCCGCCCCGGGGGCUGCCGCCACCCGCCUCCCACGAUGGCUCUGAAGAGAAUCCACAAGGAAUUGAAUGACCUGGCACGGGACCCCCCAGCACAGUGUUCAGCAGGUCCUGUUGGAGAUGAUAUGUUCCAUUGGCAAGCUACAAUAAUGGGGCCAAAUGACAGUCCUUAUCAGGGUGGAGUAUUUUUCUUGACAAUUCAUUUCCCAACAGAUUACCCCUUCAAACCACCUAAGGUUGCAUUUACAACAAGAAUUUAUCAUCCAAAUAUUAACAGUAAUGGCAGCAUUUGUCUUGAUAUUCUACGGUCACAGUGGUCUCCAGCACUAACUAUUUCAAAAGUUCUCUUGUCCAUCUGUUCUCUGUUGUGUGAUCCCAAUCCAGAUGAUCCUUUAGUGCCUGAGAUUGCUCGGAUCUACAAAACAGAUAGAGAAAAGUACAACAGAAUAGCUCGGGAAUGGACUCAGAAGUAUGCGAUGUAAUUAAAGAAAUUAUUGGAUAACCUCUACAAAUAAAGAUAGGGGAACUCUGAAAGAGAAAGUCCUUUUGAUUUCCAUUUGACUGCUUUCUAUGAGCUCACGCCUCAUCUUCCCCUGUGCACAUGUUUACCUGAUACAGCAGUGCUGCGUGUUGUACAUACUUGGAACAACAAACUAGAAAUACUGUACUUCUGUACCAACAUUGCCUCCUAGCAGAGAAGUGUGUGUGUGACAAGCCAGUUCUCCAGGCGUAACCUAGGUGUGAGACUAAAAGCUUUCCUUUUUGACUUAAAUUUGGAUAACGGCAAGGUGAGGGGUGGUGGGUAUGGUGUGUGCUUGGAUGGGGAAGAAAAGCUCCACUGACCUGUAGGAGAUUGUUUUUAAGUGGAAUCCUUUUAAAUUCAAAACAGAUAGGAAAAGCAAGGCGAAGAACGUGAAGCUGUUUCUGUAUUCAUUUUAUUCCGAAGGACCUAUGUCUUAGGUGAAAGUUUGAGCAACCAGAUUAAAUUCUACCCACAUCCUGUAUUUUAAGGUCUAAGUUUAAACUGGUCAACAUUUAAAUGGAUUGGAGCUAUUAGUACAUAAAGUGUAAUGGGCUUUGUUCCCAACUCUUAACAUCUCCCCACCCUUUAACCCUCGUCCUUUCAGCCCCUUUCUCUCUUCCAUAUUCUUUGGUUUGUAUGUGGUUUCUCAGUUAAUACAUAGCUAAUAGCUCUUAUUUUUCUUAUGUUUUUAACUGCUUAGGUCUAUCUGGAUGUAAGGGUGAAAAUUCAUUUGAUGGAAAUACUUGUGUAUAUUUAAAGACCCAAUUGCUCCUCUGGAGCUUGUACGUUCAAGAAUGAUUAAUCUGUGUAAUAAACUGAUUACUACAGUCAUUACAUAUAAUUUUGUGUGAAUAGGCUUUUUGAUUUUAAGAACUUUACCUAGCUGAGAUUAGUGGUGGAUUUUCCCCCACCCCUGAAAUGUUUUCAUUUAUACUGGGUGCAUUUCGAAAUCAUGAAAUAAUUCCAGUUUACAUAGUAAAAAGAUACCUUGAAAGUAAUUUUAUUGACUAAGAUAGGGGCAUAAGCUUAAAAGCUUUUCCAUGAAACUUACAUGUGCAGUAUUCCAAGAAAAUGACUGUUAAACUAAGUAAGAAAUUUGCUUUAUUAAUGAAACUAAGCUGCAUUUCACCAAAACCUUGUGACAUUCUCUUGGUACAUAGGACAUAAAAUAAAGGCAUUGCUAUUUGGUAAGUUAAGCUUCUGUGAUUGUAAAAGCAACAUUGACGAAACCUGAGAAACAUGAGCACAAUCUUGUAUUGGGGAAUCUACAUAAUUACUUUGCACUAACAUUACAGGAUGUUCAUCCAAUUUUCAAUUGUACUGUAAUGUGGCUUUUUGAAGUCUUCCCUUGACUCUAGUAAAAUGUAGUUUGAAACUUGUAAACAACUGUGUUUGCCAGAAACAUCCUCCGUGUGAACUAGGCAAGUUACCUUUUUCCCCCUCCUCCUCUUAAUCUCGUUGUAAACCAGGCCAGCCUGAAGGCCAUGGCUGAUGCUCACUAGCCAUCACAUUCUUUCAAAUGCAUCUUUACACUCUUGCACAAAAACUGAGGAAUAAAUGUCCACUGCUUUUGGUUUUAAA